UCUCUUCUUUUUCUGCAAGAUGCAAGGAGGCAACCAUGAAUAAGCCACUAGAUAAUUUAGCAAAUGCUUCUGAUUUCCCCGAUUAUGCAGCCGCUUUUGGAAAUUGCACUGACGAAAACAUCUCACUCAAGAUGCACUACCUCCCUGUUAUUUACGGCAUUAUCUUCCUCGUGGGAUUUCCAGGGAAUGCAGUAGCGAUUUCCACUUACAUUUUCAAAAUGCGACCCUGGAAGAGCAGCACCAUCAUUAUGCUGAACCUGGCCUGCACAGAUCUGCUGUAUCUGACCAGCCUCCCCUUCCUGAUUCACUACUAUGCCAAUGGUGAAAACUGGAUAUUUGGAGAUUUCAUGUGUAAGUUUAUCCGCUUUGGCUUCCAUUUCAACCUGUACAGCAGCAUCCUCUUCCUCACCUGCUUCAGCAUCUUUCGCUACUGUGUGAUCAUUCACCCCAUGAGCUGCUUUUCCAUUCACAAAAUUCGAUGGGCAGUGGUAUCCUGUGGUGUGGUGUGGAUCAUUUCACUGGUAGCUGUGAUUCCCAUGACCUUCUUGAUCACAUCAACCAACAGGACCAACAGAUCAGCCUGUCUUGAUCUCACCAGUUCAGAUGAACUCAGUACUAUUAAAUGGUACAACGUAAUCUUGACUGCAACCACCUUCUGCCUCCCUUUGGUGAUAGUGACACUUUGCUAUACCACAAUUAUCCACACUCUGACCCAUGGACUACAAACUCACAGCUGCCUUAAGCAGAAAGCUCGAAGGCUAGCCAUUCUGCUACUCCUCGUAUUUUACGUAUGUUUGUUACCCUUUCAUAUCUUGAGGAUAAUUCGGAUAGAAUCUCGCCUGCUUUCCAUCAGCUGUUCCAUUGAGAAUCAGAUCCACGAAGCUUACAUCGUUUCAAGACCAUUAGCUGCUCUGAACACCUUUGGUAACCUGCUACUGUAUGUGGUGGUCAGUGACAACUUCCAGCAGGCUGUCUGCUCAAUAGUGAGAUGCAAAGCAAGCAGGGACCUUGAGCACGCAAAGAAAACCAGUUACUCAAACAACCCUUGAAAUACUUCAUUUACUUAACCGAAAAUAAAUACUUGCUGAUACUUUACCUAGCACUCCUAAGAUGUUCAGGAUGUCUCCCUCAAUGGAACUCCUGGUAAAUACUCUGUAUUCAAGUAAUCAUGUGCCAAAGCCAGGGAAGGGCUUCUAGUCAUUUGCAAUCUCUUUAUUGAGCUCCUCCAUUGAAGAGAUAUAAGAAUGGGAUGCAGCAAAGUAUUCAGACUUGGUAUUGCAAGCUGCUGGAACUCAGAGGUAUCUUAGAGAACAUCUGUUCCCACCAACCCAUUAUACAUACAUGGAAACCAAUUUCAUACCCUUGCCCUAGAUUGCUCAGUAAAUGAGUGCCAAGACAGGAGAAAACCAAUCUUUUCACUCAUCAUUUCAUGCUCCUCCGCACUCCGGACCUAUUUGUAUUAAACUAGUACACGAUUCAAACCAUUACUUUUAUCUUUCUUCAUAUUUAUUUUUUACAUCUCACAGCUCUACGAUUUGUUUUCUUCAAGCUUAUAUUUAAUAUUGUAAAACUGGGUUUAGCCAGAUCUGUAUUUUACUUGCAAGCCAGCAAGAUACCUUUGAAAUAAUUCGAGGACGUCCAUGCAAAUAGCUGAAAUUAGUACCUGCAACAUAUUUGGAGUAUUCUGUCUUUAUUGUUGCAGAGCACUUAAAAAGUUUUUAUUGAAUUUAUUAAAAAAUUGUCAGAUUGUAUUCAUCAUAAUUAACAUGUCCUGGGGAAGGAAGGGACACUUUUGAGGACCAGAAGUCACUUUCAAAUAUCACGUAUGUAUUGGGUGUUCAAUCAUUUCUAAUGCUAUUUUGAUUUUUGUGGGAAAAUAUUCCAGGAAACAUUAAUUCUCUUUAGAGUUCUUGUUCUUUUAUGACUACAGUGAACGCGUCUAUUUAAUAGCCAAAGGUAUUUUUGAAUUGUAUGUAUGCUUCGUUAUCAGUAAGUAUAAAUAUCUGAGAAAAUAACUGGUCUGGAUAUUUAAAACUCUCAUAAAUAUAUUGCUACAAUUAAUAAACUUAUUU